GAACUCUGACCCAAUCUGGCAACACUGGAUGCUGUAUGAUCCUGUAGCUGCAGCCUUCCUGUUUACGGGCGGGAAGAGCGAACAGAGCGACCGACACAACGCUAGUGUUUUGUAUAUCAGCUUAUUAUUGGCUACGCGUCCGUGAAUGUUAAUCGGAAAACCCUCUACUUGCACUUAUAUGACAGGCGAAGCUGUGCGAAAAUCAAAUGGUAUUUUACCUGCACCAUUACUACUACACGUUGACGGGAUUUUAAGAGUGCCAAACAGAUGGAGGACCCCGCGGAUUCUGGCGGCGGCUCCGCGGCAGAGGGCCCCGUGGUGCAGGUGGCAGACAUCCGCUGGCCCAUCGGAGCUCUGCCUCUGCGUCUGCUAGAGUGGAAAGUCAAACCCGGGUCUCUCGUCAACGUGGACUCGGUGCUGGCCUUAUGUGCUCCGAUCUCCUCGGCGGUAGAGAGCGGUCUGAAGCCCCAGAAACAUGUCAACAGGCUCCCGGAGAAGAAGGUGAAGUCGGACCGCGCCGGAGUGAUCAGGGAGCUUUGCUGUCAGCUCGGGCAGGUCAUACCCCCUGGGGGUAUCAUCGUCCGAAUUGAAGAAUGCAGCCAUCCUAUAGUGAUGAAAGGACUUUGUGCUGAAUGUGGACAGGAUUUGACACAGCUCCAGGGCACUAAUGGGAAUCUGCAAGUGCCCUUCUCCACGGCAACGGUCUCCAUGGUGCACAGCGUGCCUGAGUUGAUGGUCAGCUCAGAGCAAGCAGAGCAGCUGGGCCGAGAGGACCACACGAGGCUGCACCGCAACAGAAAGCUGGUGCUCAUGGUGGACCUGGAUCAGACGCUGAUACACACCACAGAGCAGCACUGCCCACGCAUGUCCAACAAGGGGAUCUUCCACUUCCAGCUGGGUCGAGGCGACCCCAUGCUCCACACACGGCUGCGUCCGCACUGCAAGGAGUUCCUGGAGAAGAUAGCCAAGCUGUACGAGCUGCAUGUGUUCACGUUCGGAAGCCGUCCCUAUGCACAUACCAUUGCAGGUUUUUUGGACCCUGAAAAGAAACUCUUUUCCCACCGCAUCCUCUCCAGGGACGAAUGCAUCGAUCCUUUCUCCAAGACGGGGAAUCUAAGCAACCUCUUCCCGUGCGGGGACUCCAUGGUGUGCAUCAUCGACGACCGCGAGGACGUGUGGAAGUUUGCACCCAACCUCAUCACUGUGAAGAAGUACAUCUACUUCCAAGGCACCGGCGACAUCAACGCUCCCCCCGGCUCCCGCGAGGCUAAGAAGGCGAGCCGGCCUGCUGAGAGCCCUGAACCCACGGGGACAUCGGGGGCUGAGGAGCAGAACAACGGCUUCAAAAGGAGAGGGAGGGAGAACGCCAACGCCAACACCAACACCAACGUCAACAACGGAGGCAAGGAGGAGCCCAACGCACUUUCAUCCACUCAGGAAACGCCAGCGGAAACGCAAAGGACACACGCCCCCGGGGAGGGGAAGGACGAACAGGAGCAGGACCCAGAGCCGGGGCAACAGGGGGAGUCCAGGCUGACACAGGCGGAGGGUACAGGGAAGGGGACGGGUGUCGGCGUCCAGGGGGGAAGCACCGGGACAACGGGCUCGGCGGAGGGGGACGGCCCCGAGCAGCCUUCCCCGGCGGAGGCCCCCGCAGGCAACAACCUGGACUUUGACCUGUCCAGCGACAGUGACGGCGAGUCCGUCACGGAGAAGCCCCCCAGCUCGACGGCGGAUAGCGUAGCCGGCGGCGACCCCAAGACGAGUCCGUCGGGGGUUCGCGAUCAGCAGGAGGCCGGCCUCACGCAGAACCCCGAGUGUGGGGACGGGCCGGAGGGAGACGGGGGUAAACGGAGGGAGGAAGGAGAUGCCGUUAAAGGGAAGGUUGAAGUCGUCGCCACCGCCGCAGAAGAAGAAGAAGAAGGUAAAGAGGCGGACGCUGCGGGGAACAGCGCGACACCCGCGGCGGAGCCUCCUCCGGUGGGCCCCCCGGGCACCGAGGACCUGGGCAACGGCUGCUCGGACAAGAGGGAGCCGGAGACGGAGUCCCAGAACAGCGAGCUCUCCGGGGUUACUGCCGGCGAGGAGCUGCUGGAGCAGAGCAUGGAGGAGGAAGAGGAGGAGGAGGAGGAGGCGGACCCCGACCAGGACGACCACCUCAUCUACCUGGAGGAGGUGCUGCAGAGGAUCCACGCAGAGUACUACGCCCGCUACGAGGUCUACCAGAGGAAGGAGGCCCCGGAGAUGCCCGACGUCCGGCGGAUCGUGCCGGAGCUGAAGGGCAAGGUGCUGGAGGGGGCCACCAUCGUGUUCAGCGGCCUGUACCCCACCAACUACCCCAUGGAGAGGACUCGCGAGUACUACCACGCCAAGGUGCUCGGGGCCAAGAUCGGCCGGGGCCUGGUGCUCAACGCCGAGGACCCCUGUCGGACCACGCACCUCAUCGCAGCCAGAGCCGGCACUGAGAAAGUACGUCAGGCACUGGGCUGCAAACACCUCCACAUCACCAGUCCCGAUUGGCUGUGGUGUUGUCUGGAGCGCUGGGAGAAAGUCGAGGAGCAGCUGUACCCUUUGAAGGAGGAACCCUCCAAGACCCCCCGGAGCAACAGCCCGGCCAUGCUGCCCGACCCCCAGGGGAUGUUCCAUCACCCCGUCUUCCACCCCGCCCACCUCCACCAAGGACCCCCGCCCCCGGCCCCCGAGGUGCGCAUCUACGACCCGGUGACGGGGAAGCUGAUCCGGCGGGGCCAGCACGGCCAGCAGCCGCCCCCCUACCUCCAGGCCCCGGGGUCCAUGUCGCAGCCGGACCACCGGAACACGGCCCCCCCCAGGGUUGGUCAGACGUCAGCGGCGUCCGAUGACGAGCAGCCCGGCCCGUCCAGAAGGAAGCGCGGGCCCAGCAUGUCUGACUCGAUGCCGCUCUACAUGCUCUGCAAGGAGGACCUGGACAGCAUGGACAAAGAGGUGGAUGACAUCCUAGGGGAGGAGAGCGACAACGAGAGUGAGGGGCAAGGCAAGGAGAGGCCAGGGGAGGAAGAGGUGGAGAAUGAUGAUGAUGAAGAGGAUGAGGAUCAGCAGCAGCAGCAGCAUCAUCAGCAGCUAGGAGCGGGGGCGAGCACGGGCGGAGAGCACACUGCUCCGUCACUGGCCGUCGCCAAGCACACGGGACUCCAGACCCCAGGCAAGGAGGCCUGUUUGACGAGUAGUGUACAAAGGGGUCACAAGCGCAAGCUGGACGAGGCCCAGGAGGAGGAGCGGGGUGAGGAUGAGGAGGACAGUAAGGAUGAGCAGGGCGGGGCCAGCAGCUCGCCCUCCAAACAGGAAGACCAACCCGUCGACCAGGACGCCGAUAACGAAGACGACGAGGAAGAGGAGGGCAGCAGCUCAGAAGCGGACGAGAUGGCCGCGGCCUUGGACCUCGAACUAAACGACUUCAUGUGACCCGGGGGCGGAGUCGGGACUGAAACGCCCCGAGGGACGGAGUCGGGACUGAAACGCCCCGAGGGGCAGAGUCGGGACUCAAACGCCCCGAGGGGCGGAGUCGGGACUGAAACGCCCCGAGGGGCCCCCUACAAACCUUUAAAUUUCCCAAAAAUCUAUUUUUUUUACGUAUUUCAUUCGCUUUUGUAAUGUGUGUGUGUGUGUGUGUGUGUGUGUGUGUGUGUGUGUGUGUGUGUGUGUGUGUGUGUGUGUGUGUGUGUGUGUGACGAACGGGCACUGCCGUAAGCAUUUGAUGCACUGUACAGAAGGUAGCUUGUGUGUUUCCGUGUAAAUAAGUACCUUCCAGAUGUUUGUUUUUUAUUGGGGUAGAUACGGCUGCUUUGAUGGGGUUGGAAAAUAAAAUUGACAUUUUAUUGUGACAUUUGAUACAUUUUGAUUUCACUUGAAUUAGCUUUUUACUAUUUCGUUUUUCUUUAUAUAAAUAUAUAUAAAUGAGUGAAAAGAUCAAUAAAAUGGGGUAAGAAAAAUAUUUCUGUCAUUUCGAUUUCUGUCCAUUCGUAGAGUUUGGAAUCUUUGAAUCUUCCCGGGUCAAAAUAAUAACCAGCGAUUUGUGUUGGAAUCCAUUUAAUUUGGUCUGUUCUUGGUCAUUAAUGUUUGUCAGUUUUCCAUUUAUCAUUGGUUCACUUGCAAAUCUACUGACCUUUUGACCUUGUUCUAACCUUUAUAGGAAGACAAGGCUUUGUUUUUUAUAAAAAUGUUGCCCCCCAGCUGGCUGUUUGCCCUCGGCCAUUGGUUCUCAAACUGGUACGCGUGCGUAAUUUAGUGGUACCUCCAAAAGUGUAUCACAUUUAUUAAAGAACAAUAUCGAAAUACUAGCAUUAAUGGAAAUAAAUUAAACAUGAGGUCAUUAAAUGGGGUUUAAAAUAAGUUGGAGGAAUAAAUGUGUCUCCUGAGUGAGCUCUGUGUAGCUGAAUAGGGACGCAGGCCAACGCUCCUGUAUUUUGUGACUUUAUAACAUCGGUCAUAAUGGUGGGACUUGGUAUGAGAGGUUUGAGAACCACUGCCCCUGGCUAAGCACAAAUAGGUCAUGACAUGCCAAGAUAUGAAUGAUGCCAUCCUUUAAAAAAAUUGUUUGUUGUACAUAGUUGACAAUUGGUUCGUUUGUGUGAUCAUGCUUCAUUACAAGUCAUGGCAUGGUCUUCAAGGCAGGUGCUGCUCACAUUUCAUUUUCAAUCCAAAUACAUUUUGGUGGGAGAAGCCAUUAAUUUAUGCCAUGGAGUCCUUUGCUAAACGCGUAUUGGUCCACCUGUAGCUCAAUAUUUUGUUGUGCUGUCUGAAAUGCUAGUGUUCACUAUACCAUACUCUUCUUGAUAACCACAAUGCACCAUAUAAUAAGUGUACAAAGGAUGUUCACAUAUUUCUCACUAUAGUCUAUUAUAUGAUGCAAAGCCGUUUUCAUUGCAUUCACUUUUACAUUUAGGGCAUUUAGCAGACGCUUUUAUCCAAAGCGACUUACAAUAAGUACAUUUGUCUUGUCAUUUCCAUGGAGUUCAUCUAAUGGAGGUGUGGAGGCGACCGCUAACACGUCUGCUACUUUAUGUGACCAAUACACGGCACGCCAAUAGAUUUACGGUGCAUAAUUAAUUUCUGAGUUCCCCCACACUUGUUCCCUUAACAGUGUAUUAUCCAGUGCUCACACAGAAUGUGUCUGAUUUUAAUCUAUGGUAUUGCAAGCCCUGGACUUACUGUAUGACAUCCUUCUCAUCGGUAAUUUGUGCAUAUGGUCUUAUUUUUUAACAUUCCAAGAAUCCUUGGCGAUUUAAUCUCUUGUUUCAUAUGCAUCUAGGUUAUAUUCCAACAUAAUGCCAUUAACCUAAAUUGUAGAAAAGGAUAGACAAUCCAAAGGUGAAGUCUAUGCUCCAGGUUGCAGCCAUUUCAUAAUCCAACACAGUCACCCUUGCCUUUGACUUCACCAUUUUACCAGCAUCCACCAACAUUUACAAUUACAAUUUUGUCAGUUCUCUUCUGUCAUAUGUUUCCCUCGAGAACAUAUCAAAUAUGUGGAAAUGUAUUUCCUAUGUCAACCAGAGAAAGAGAUUAGUUUUCCAUUGAAUAAAAAUAUGUUUAUGAUGCGCUUUAA